AUGGCUGCGGGCGCUGAGCCCCAAGCUGCUUAUCAGGUUGGACAAGCAGUACAGGUGCUGUCCAAGUCCAGUUCCGCUUGGGUGGACGCAACUGUACAUUCGAUCCUGCCCGAUCAAGCCGUGUGGGUGCGGUAUGGAAGUGCCCAGAAGGUUAUCCCGACCGAGCUGCAGCCAUCAACGCUGAGACGAACAAGCACUGCAGCUGCAUACCUUCCAGGCCAAAGAGUUCAGGUUUUCUCCAAAUCCAAUCAGCAGUGGGUGGAUGGCCUGGUCCGUGAGAUUUGGCCUGAUGGCUCCGUCCAUGUACAGUACGAGCAAAACAAGAAUUUGUACAAGGUUGUUGCUCCUGAGCUGCAGGAUGCUCUUCUCCGCAAGGCUUCAGCUUCACAGACGGUGGAGGCAACCCAGCAAGACACGUCGGCGCCGCUGCCCGACGCACGCUUGGCAGCAUUGGCCGAGGAGUCGGACCGCCUGAAAGCGACGAUCGCUAAGCAGCAAGAGCAAAUCAAUGCCCUGCUGCAACGGCAACAGCAAGAUCAACUGCCGAAAGACAAAAAGACGGAAGUGGCAGAAGAUCCUGAGGCACAAUGCCGAUGGCCUAAAUCCAGACUGGGGAACUGGACUUGCAGUGCCUGCACUUUCCAAAACAUCGAGCCACUGAAGGAGUGUGAGAUGUGUGGAGCGUCACGGCCCUCUGAGCCCCAAUUGAAACGACGCCGCACGCUCCCGCCUAUCGAUGUGUCUGACGAACCCUGUGAAGCGUCGCGAGAGUUCCUGCGUCAAGCGACCAAGGUGGUGCCGACAAACUCCCAAGCCUCGUUGGGACGAGAAGAAAGAGGUGCCGCAGCAGACAUCGAAAUGGCUGAAGUGCCACCGCCUGAGGGAUCCGGGGAAGUGCUGAAUUUGCCAAGAAAGCUUUACGAGGAGCUUUGCCCUUACCAACGUGAGGGUGUGGCCUGGAUGUGGCAGCUUUAUCACCGAAAGCAGGGCGGUAUUUUGGCCGAUGAGAUGGGCUUGGGCAAAACUGUCCAGGCCUGUGCCUUGAUUCAGGCGUUGGGGGCUGGAGCGCACGUCAUGGUGGUGAUGCCUGUUACGCUGCUGGAUCAGUGGGCCAGGGAGUUGCAGCGGUGGUGCCCCAAGUGCCCCGUCUACAUCUACCACGGCUCCGCGGGCCAUCGCCUGCGCGCAUUGCGGGCCAUGCAGCGGGGGGGGGUACUGCUGACCUCCUACGCAAUCGUGAAGAACGAGGAGCACAAAUUGGCCAGCGUCAACGCGUUGGAAAUUUUCACUGGUGCUUGGCUCGGCAAGACUAAGAAGGCUGGAAUAGGAGAACGUACCCGCGAGAAGCUCUGGGAUGCGGUGAUUUGCGACGAGGCGCACGUGAUGCGCACCAUAUCCACACUGCUGGGCAAGGCCAUGCGGAAUGUCAAAGCUCGCUGCCGGAUACUGCUAACGGGAACGCCUGUUCAGAAUGCUUUGCAAGAUUUAUGGGCGCUGAUGGAUUUUGCGGAGCCUGGCUUGCUCGGGAACCAUGCAACCUUCACAAAACGCUUCAACGAUCCCAUAGAGAAAGGUAGCGUCAGAGAUGCUUCCGCAUCAGCUGUGGCUUUGAAGAAGCACCUCUGCGAGCAGCUAUGGCAGCUCGCCAAGCCCCACAUGCUGCGUCGGACCAAGGAGCAUGUUGGCCUGCUGGGUGGGGUGCAGGAUGGGGUGAUGAUGGCCAAGCAGCUGCCACCCAGAACGGAGUAUGUGGUUUGGCUGAUGCCGACCAGAGAUCAGAUACGGACCUACCAGAAGGCUCUAGAAACCAGCGAUGUGAUUCAUGAGGCGAACAACAAGAGCAAGCUGGGCGUGGAAGUCUUCCGUGCCAUUGGCCUCCUGAAGCGCCUUUGCAAUCACCCGGCCCUGGCUUUGCCGGCAACACCGGAGGCCUGGCGCGACUUCUUAGCUGGUGGCUCCGGGGGCGAGGAGCUUCCAGCCGACGAGGCGGACGAAGAGGAGGAGGUGGAGCCAGUGGAGCCGGGCAAAGCGGUGGAACGCAUGUUGAGGGGCUUGAAGCGCGACGCCAUGUCUAUGGUCGCGCAGAGUGCCAAGCUGAAAUGCCUCAGUGCGUUGCUUCCGGCCAUGUCAGGGCACCGAACGCUGAUCUUCUCGCAGGGCAUCAGGAUGAUGGACCUGGUAGAGCUCUUCGUUUUGAGGCGAUUGGGCAUCACGUAUCUGCGGAUAGAUGGGCAGACCGACAUCAACACGCGCAACAGCCGGGUGCAGAAGUUUCAAAACGAGCCAGAGGCCUACAGCUGCAUGCUGUUGACCACAAAAGUGGGCGGCUUCGGACUAAACCUCACCUCCGCAGACCGCGUCAUUAUCCUGGACCCUGCUUGGAACCCUGCAGUGGACAUGCAAGCUGUGGACCGCGCGCAUCGAAUUGGCCAAGAGCGGGAGGUAAAGACCUAUCGUCUUGUGAUGAGCGGCUUGAUUGAGGACAAGAUGUUCCGCUUGCAAGUCUUCAAAAUGGGCCUCACCAAGACAGCGCUGGAGACAAAGCAACAACAACGGUAUUUCACAGCCGAUGAGAUCCACGGCCUCUUUGAGUGGGCCGACCCUGCCCAGGGCGAGACCCGACAGCUACUCCGUCAGAUGCAUGGCAUUGAGGACUGUGCAGCACAGGGCGAUGGCGAUGCAUGGCUGAAAGCCGGCCCCGCAGUGGGGCUGAGCAGCUUCUCCUACUUGUACAAAACGCUGCAGGGCGAGCAGGAUGAUUUGGAGAAUGCUGCGCCCGAAGUGAGGCUGAUGAAGUCACAGCUGAAGGUUGCGGAGGAGGCUGCUGGCAAGGCAGCCGCAGCACGGCAAACUGGUGAGAUCUCCCUGCAGACUGCGCACCAGGAGUUGGAGAGGAGCGCUGGAGACAUUGCCAGCGCCGCCGCCAACCGCUCAUCAGCAAAUGAGCGCUUGAAGCGCGCACAGGGGGCGAUGGCGCAGAUCAAGCGCAGGGAGGGCGCCAUCAAGACUGAAGCGGAGAAGGCAGCCAAAGCCAGAGAAGAGUCACAAAAAGAAGUGGCCGAUGCAGAAGAGCAGCACAACAUCAGCGAAGCUGAAGUGGCUGCAGCCAGCCAAGCUGCCGAGGAGGCUUCCAGGGCGCUCGCGGAGGCUGAGCAGAAGCUAACUGCCGAGGCAAAGCUGCUGCAGGAGCAUGAGCAAGGACCAGCCAAGAAGACUCAGAAGGCGGAUCGCGUUCUUCAUGCUUUGGCUGCAGUGCAGGAGGCCCGCGCCGCCGUGGCGGAAGAGUGGGAGAAGUCGCUUCAAAUUGAAGCCACGUAUGAAGAGUGCCAGGGCGACUUGGCCAUCAUCAUGCAAGGAUGGGGCGGCUCUGGCUGCAUGCCCAUUAAAACGGCGCAGGCAGCACGGAAGGCUGCGGAGAAGGAGAGGACAGCAGUGGACAAGACCAUGGCAAAAGCAACCGUCUCCAGCUCCCGAGAAGCUGAGCGAUUGAAUCAAGCCGUUGCAGACCUCCGAUCUGCGCCUGGCUCGGGUGGGGAAGCUACACGAGACCACGCGCAGGCCCUGGAUGACGCAUUGCAGCUGGUGCUCAGCUGCCGAGACACCUCGGCCAAAGCAGAAGCACGAAAGCACCGUGCAGUGCGCGCCAGGCUAAAUGCAGUGCGAGUGCUCAAAGAGCAGCGUGCCAGACAUGCUGCGGUGGAGAAGGAGCAUUCGAAAGCUGCGAACGAAUGGGAGGCCUUCAGCAGUGCCAAGGCCCAGGCGGAGGCUCAGCAGGCGCAGGCGGAGGCGGAGUUUGGGCAGGCGGAGGCACUGGAGCGCGAGAAGAAGCGGAAGAAAGAAGAAUGCAAGGCUGCCAUUAGCGAGGCAAAGCAGUCGCUGAAGUCCGCGCGGUUGGCUGAAAAGACUACGGCAGCAGAAAGGACGGCGCUUUACAAGCACUACGCACAAGCAGAUGAGGCCCUGAAGGCUGCUUUGAAGUCUGCUCGCUGCUUGGAGCGAACUGCCGCAGCGGAGCGGCAGAAGGCAAUCGCGGCCAUCCAGGCCUUGAAAGCAGAGGAGUACGACGCCAAUCAGGUGGUCGAUGCCUACGAUGCUCGGCAGGAAGAUAGGAAGAUGAGUCCAAGAAGCGAGCUCGACAAGACCCAGAUGCAGCCUGACCCUCGCCUCAGCGGCGUCUUUCUUUUGCCGGACCUUUUCGAGCUGAAACUGGGGUGGGCUUUUGAUGAGCAUGCAGGGCGCUGGGAGUUUGUGCUGCAGGACGGGAAGGGCGCCAUUCGCGUGCGCCCAGAGAACGUUGUGCCGCUUGAGGCCGCAGCCAGAGAUGAGUUGGAUAUACCAGAAGAGUUUCGAUGUGUCAUCACAAGGGAAUUGAUGGAGCGCCCGGUCAUCACAUCCGAUGGCCACACCUAUGAGCGCUCAGCCAUCGCCAAGUGGCUGGAGGAGCAUGGCACCUCUCCGAAGACCGGCCGGGAGUUGCCAGACAAGGUCUUGCGACCCAACCACGCCUUGCGAGCCCAGAUCAUGGCUUUCCGGGAGCAGAAAGGCUUGCCGCCGCUGCCACCCUGGGAGCCGGAAUCGCAGGCUCACACCGGGGCAUGUUCUGACCUCAGGGGAGGCCAUCCAGGCCUUGGUCAUGGCCCCGGCCGGGGCUUCAAGCUGAGGAUUUUCAUUCACAAUGUGGACUCCUACAUUGGCAAAGCUCUAGUGAAAGAGCUGCGAAAAGCAGAUGGCGGUUUGAACCGGAUCUUCGGCACCUCCAAAACGAGCGAUGCGCCCGCGGCUGUGAAGCGCGUCGUGAGCAGAGAUGACCCAAAGAAGGCCAAGAAGAUGGCGGAAACUAUGCAGUCGUGCAGACUGGUGGUCAUCAGCCUCUUUGACUGCAGUAUGGAGGACCUAGACUUCGCCAUCAACGCCUUAAAGGUGGACCCUAAGGCAAACCCGCCCAAAGUAACUGGCGAGCUCGAGAGCGAGGUGAUCUUCCUCGUGAUUUCAUCGGUGAUGGUUUGGGCAUCGACCUCACCUGAGUCACCGGGGGCGGCCAUCAAGGACUCCGACUACCUUCGGCGGGCUCCGAAGAAGGGCUCCAAGUUCGAGCAGUGGAAGGAGAUGGAAGACCUGGUCUUCAGCUGCUUCAACCGGGAGGGCUCUCAGGUGAAAGGCUUCAUAGUUGCUGGAGGGCUGCUCUACGGGGAGGGCGAGGACAUCCUGGCGGAGAUGUUCAAGGAUGCCUGGCGAGGCGUCCAGUCCCACGUGACUGUAAGCCCGGGCGUUAACAAAGUGCCCACAGUGCACGUGCGAGAUAUGGCGCGGAUGGUGCGGCAAAUUAGCUUGACCGCAGAGGGACUCAACCCGCUGGAAGUUACACCGUACUUCCUGGCAGUCGAUCAGCCGUUGGGCCUCAGGAAGCCUGGCAAUCCACCAGUCCCGACGCAAAAGGCCUUGGUGCAAGGAAUCGUGGAUGAGAUGGGCGAGCACUAUGAGGUGCCGCGAGUCUCACAGUCGGAGGCGCUGGAUGGCUCCGAGCUGCGGGAGGCCAUGACUUUGGAUCUCUGGAUGGAGCCCUCGGCCGCGGCGCUGGUGGAGGACUUCUGCGCCGGCUGCGACCCUCCCGGCUGGAUCUGCCGGAAUGGCCUUCUGGCCAACCUCCGCAGCAUCGCAGACGAGUUCUGCGCCGGCAAAAAGCUGCGGUCCAUGCGGAUCAUCAUUGCUGGCCCGCCAGCAUCGGGGAAAUCGAAGCUGGCCAAAGCUGUGGCCGAGCACUUCAAGGUCCCCUGCUUGGUAGACUGCACCCUGGAAAAGAUGGCUGAACAGAUCAGCUCCAACGUGUGUCGCUAUAGAGGCUACGUGCUGGAUGCAGGUGGCAUCGGCUUCGCGGAGGCUGAGAGGCUCUUUCGAUAUGAUGUGGAGGUUCCCAAGUCUGAGGAGGAGGCUGGAGAUGGUGAAGAUGUUGAGCCUUCUCCUCCAAAGAUGGAGCGAAGGCUGAAUGAAGAGACGUGCCCCUCGUAUGUCAUCAUCACCCAGGCCCCUGCUACACUUUGCAAGGCCAAAUGGCAGGGCUAUGGUGCUGCACCAGAGGAGUUUGAGAAGUCCAUGCAGGACUACACAGAGAGCAAUCUCAGGAAGGAUAUGCACAGCCUGCAAGACUUCUUUCAAGAUGUGGCGAACAAAGGUGUCCUGAACUUGCCUAUUGCCGGCAAGGAUGAGGAGGACCUUUUUGAGAGCGCCAGAAUCUACAUAGAAAGAUCUGGCCGGCCCUUCAACUAUCUUCCAACUGAUGAGGAGGUCUCCCAGGAGAUCCGCGAGCGGCGCGCGGAAAAGCUGCAAGCCGUCAUAGAGGCCGCCGCCUCCUCGAAGCAGGACGAUGGGGAUGCAGAGAGGAAGCGCGAGGAACAAAGGCAUGCUGAACGGCUUCGCAUUGUUGCUGAGCACGAGGCUGCACAGCAGAAGCUGUUUGACCUCCCUUUGCGGGAGUACCUUAUGGAGUACAUGGUGCCGAGUCUCACCGAGGGCCUCAUCGAGGUGUGCAAGGUCCUGCCAGAUGAUCCUGUGGACUAUCUUGCGAAUUACCUUGAAGAGCACGCUGCAGAUCCCAAUCCUGGGCACCAUGAGUGA